UGAGGUAGAGUAAAUGAUGACAGAAUUUUCAUUUUUGGUUGAACUAUCCCUUUAACAAACCAUUAUAUUAGACAUCUCUACCCAGUUACAAGACUAUAUAUUUAGAAUCGUAACUAAAUGAUAAAAUAACACUGUGUUCUGUGGAGGAGAUAAGUCAGACUGUAAAGUUCAUGACAGCAGGACAGGAAGAAGCCUUUCAUCUACAAACUAAACAUACAUCAAACAAAUGGCCGUUUUCAUGCACAAGCUAAUUGUCUACCCAACAGAUCACAUCAGAUUUCUGCAGCAAAACGACCACAGCAGUUUGACCCCAAAAUGGAGCUGCUCGCGAGUCGAGUCACACUUCAGUAAGACUGGCAAUAAUGUGAGAUGGCAACCUUUGCAUUUAUUUUAUCAUUACAUUUAGACUGACUAAUCCAAUUUUCCACUCUUCUACUUCUUCAUUGGGUGAACUAAGGUUGAUUGGGAAAAAGUGUCCCAAUCAACCUGAAUUCACCCUAUCUGACACAGUCAAAAACUACCUUUCAGAAACUAUAAAUGUUACAUUUUUAACAAAUGUUUUCCAGAUUGUUUUCCACCAUUUAUUUAAAGUCUUAAGAGCCAGAACAAUAUAUCAAAUCCAUAACACGUGUAGAGUGUGUGUGUGCGUGUGAACUAGUAGGGUGGUCAAACUCUCUCGUGGGAGGGUUCACACACCAGGUUCAGUGUUAUCAGCAGAUAGCCUUAUUAGAUCAGAGCUUUCGCUAAACAAGAGAGGAAAAUGUUGCACACGCUUGUUUUGUUCUGUUUGUGUUGUCUGGUUGGUAAGUUAUAAAUGCAUUUUUAUAUCUUCAUUUAUUUCCAUUUUGGAGAAAAAAAGAUGCUGCUACUGUUUGAAGUAAUUAGAGGAUUACUAGUUUUACUUGGCUGUAUUUAACUUGUGUGCAACUUGACAUAUAAUUUUUUUCUACAAGCAGAAAAAAAAACAUUAAAGAUUAUUUAAAAAAAGAUAGAUUUUUUUCAUAAAUGUCACCUUUUGUUUGGUGUCUUUGCUGCUGUUAAAGGUUACAAACUGAUUUCGAACUUUCUAAACAAACAACAUUAAUUUAUGUAAAAUCUGUUCUUCAGGUGUGUUUGCUGCUGAAACAAAUGAAAUACAGUCAGUGCCAGUGAUGGAGGGAGAUUCUGUCACUUUACACAUUGAUGCUGCUGAAAUACAGAAAGGCGACAAUAUACUGUGGAAAUAUGGAGCUGAAAAGCAUGUUAUAGCUGAAAUCAGUAGAAAUUAUGGAUUGUUCAUCACAUAUAAUGUUCCUGAUGGGAGAUUCAGAGACAGACUGAAGCUGGACAAUCAAACUGGAUCUCUGACCAUCAUAAACACCAGAACUGAACAUGCUGGAGUUUAUCAUCUACAGAUAAGGGGAGUGGAUCUGACAUCAAAAACAUUCAAUGUUUCUGUCUAUGCUCGUCUGCCUGUUCCUGUCAUCAGCAGUAACUCUUCACAAUGUUCUUCAUCAUCAUCAUCAAAUUGUUCAUUGGUGUGUUCAGCUGUGAAUGUGAGUCAUGUGACUCUCUCCUGGUACAAAGGAAACAGUUUAUUGUCCAGCAUCAGUGUGUCUGAUCUCAGCAUCAGUCUCUCUCUACCUCUGGAGGUGGAAUAUCAGGAUAAAAACACCUACAGCUGUGUGCUGAACAAUCCCAUCAGCAACCAGACUCAACAUCUGGACAUCACUCAGCUCUGUCACACAUGUACAGGAGGCCUACCUUUAUUGUACAUAGUGCUGAUCUCUACUGCUGCCUCUGGCUUUCUCUUGAUUAUAGCUGCUGUCAUUGGGAUCUUCUGCAUCUGCAGGAAAGAAAGAAAAACAGUCCAGAGACCGAAGGAAGACAGAACUGAUUCAGCGUUGCGUAAACCAAAAACACGACAAAAGAAAUCGAAGAAGGAGGCAGUGUAUGAAAAUGUCCCCAAAAAACGAUGAUCAAAUACUGUCACUAAUGGAAAUAAGUGACCCCUGCUUUACACUUUUGGUUCCCUUUCGAGUCGGUCUCUCGACACUGCAUCAUAGCUGACGCUUGGGGUUAUCACCUCUUUUCUCGAAUCUACUGAAGCCUUAUGAAAUCUUAUGAAAGCCCGCCAAUGGCGUUUAAACUCGUGAAAUUGAGGUGGGUUCCCCCGCGCUAUGAGGCGGCGCUGAACACCAUUGCUUCAGAAUCUUUUCCUUCAGCUACAAGAAGCCAUCUACAGCUCGCCGUUGAGGUAUGCUCAUCCACGGGAUGGUGCCUUCAUUGCCACUCCCCUGCAGCGUUCCAGUGAGUAUUACUUUUCUUUCAGAUGCCUUCUGGACUGCGGUGUUUCUGCCUGGAUGAUGCCCACUCGGAAGCGGUGCGGCAUGAGUCCAUCUGCCCUCAUUAACAGUGGUGGACCUUAGAAACUCUGGUGAUGAGCUCAUGCUGACUAAGUGUCCACAUUACUCUCACCCAACCCUUCAGGAUAUAGCCUGGCUUCUCAAGGUUCAGUCGCCCACUCUUCACGUGAUAAGCAAGCCCCCCAACUUAGGGCAGCCUUCCCAGGGUUCCCUUCUCUGAGAGGAGGGAACAAGCUACAUAGCUCAGAGUCUUUGUCAGCUGCACUCUGCUUCAGUCCAAGAUUCUGAGGCAAUGGCGUUCAGCGCCGCCUCUGUUUCGCCUGCUUGAAUGCCAUUAGCAGGCAAAUUCUCCCCUGUGAGAUUUCCAACAGUAUCUCAUGACCAAUUUGUAUGUAUUUUACGAGGUGGCUAAUUCGUACGAUUCAUAUGAUUGAUCUGAACUUCAGUGACGGGUAGGUUUAGGGGUAGGUCAUACGUACGAAUUCAUACGAAUUUGGCAAAAUUCAACUUGUAAAAUACUUACGAUUUAGCAAAAAACUAAUUGCUGUGAGAUCGGGUUGGAGAUUUCAUAAGGCUUCAGUAGAUUAGAGGAAGGAGGGGAUAACCCCGAUCGUCAAGCUAUGACGCAGUGUCUCGUUCCCUCCUCUCAGGGAACCGAGGUUACGCUAGGUAACCAGAGAUGUUUUGUUCACAUUUAUUCUCUGCCAGGAUGUCUCAGUUUUGUUUUCACUCUUUGUAUCAUAUCUUUUGGUGUCAUUGUGAUGUCUGAAUUUUUGUUUUAAGUUAGUGGUUUACCAGUAUAGCAUACAGAAAAUGUUCUAUUUUAAUUUAGUUUAUGAAAAUUGACUUACCGUUUAUUAUUAAACAUAAAUUUCAACGUUCA